UCCCCCUUCUUCUUCCCGCCACUCUGCGUCAGUUCAGAGAGCGAAAUCGUAUAUCGGAGAAAUGGAGUUGACGUUAAGCGAUAACUCUCUCAAAACCUUUGCACGAUGCAUCACGUGCCUCGCACGCAUCGGAAACGAACUCUCAAUUCAAGCUUCUUCUUCUCAGCUUCUUUUCCACACAAUCAAUUCAUCACGAUCUGCAUAUCAAUCCAUCAAUUUCAAACCUAGUUUCUUUGACGUCUACACAGUUUCCAGUAAUCUCGUGCAAUGUAGUGUGCUUCUCAAGGCUGUUUGUGCUGUUCUUCGGACACCUAUUGCAAAUAUUGAUCAUUUGACCGUGAAACUACCCGAGCCGGAUUCUCUCAAAGUUCAGUGGAUUCUAGAUUGCUACAGUGGUAUGAGAAAAACCUAUUGGAUUACUUGCAAUGUUGAACCUGACAUACAACACUUGUCCCUUGAUAGACAAAAGUUUCCAAGCAACUUUGUCGUGAGGCCUCGUGACCUGAACAGGUUACUUGCUAAUUUUCAGUCAUCUCUUCAAGAAAUCACUAUCAUUGCAACAGAAGCCGCUUCUUUACCUCCUGAUUCUGCAAAUGAAAUUGGUGGAAAGGCCGUUGAACUUCGAAGUUAUAUUGACCCAACCAAAGACAAUGAUUCAUUGCUACACACCCAACUGUGGAUAGAUCCUAAAGAGGAAUUUUUGCAGUAUGUUCACACAGGGGACCCUGUAGAUGUGACUUUCAGUGUAAAAGAACUUAAGGCAUUUCUUUCAUUUUGCGAGGGCUGUGAAAUUGAUAUCCAUUUACAUUUUGAGAAAACUGGCGAACCGAUUCUCAUGGCACCAAAAUUUGGUUUGGAAGAUGGCUCCCACUCAAAUUUUGAUGCCACCCUUGUACUGGCAACCAUGUUAACAUCUCAGCUUCAUGAAGGCGCUGCAUCAGAACCUCCAGUGGUGUCUAACAGAACACAUGCUCGAACUGAAGAAAGAAAUGAAUCCCCCUUGCAGCAAGAGAACUGCAGAACGAAUGCAUCAGAACUUCAAUCUGACCACACCCGUAUUUGGUCAGACCUCUCAGCACCUGCAGUUAGAAAUAAUAGUGUUAUGGAAGAAAGGCAAGUGCAAGAAGAAACAACUUUGAAUGAUAAUGAACAGAGAGAAAUUCAAAGGAUUAGUACAGUGCAAAUUACAAGAGGAAAAUUAGUUGCAGGAAACAAUCCCAGUGGUUCCAAUUUCUGCCAACCAACUGAAAAUGAUCAUGUACAAAUUCCUCAAGAUAUGUUGCCAAAUAAUGGUCAAGCAUUUUCACAGCAUCAUCCCAGUAACUGGGUAGAUGCUGAAGAUGAUGACGAUGAAGAUGACGCUGAUGAGGAUGAGCAGUGCAUUCAGGCAACACCGCCAUACUAUGACGAACAAUAAUUCAGAUAACUCUACUGUAAUGGCUCUUUAUCUUGCUAGUUUGGUUGACAAUGUGGAAGCAAGAGAACUUGUCUUGGACCACAGACCAGCCACCAAACCCAUUCAAGAAGGAUAAGGUAAAGGAAGUAACUACUCGUGUAUUAUUUUACAUUUGAAUAUCAGGAUUUCUUGCAAGAUUAGUUAUGGGAGUUCGACUACAUUGGACUCGUUCAACUGUUUGUGUUUGUGUGGUUAGAUUUGACAUUGGUUUUCUGGAUUCUAAUUUUCAUGACACGUGAAUAUAUGUUUUCUUCCAAAAUUCUUUCUUGAAUAUAUUGAGACAAUUUGCUGCUUGAAAA